AUGGAGGAGGGCCAGAGCCUCCUGAUGGAGGAGGGCCAGAGCCUCCUGAUGGAGGAGGGCCAGAGCCUCCUGAUGGAGGAGGGCCAGAGCCUCCUGAUGGAGCUGAGACACCUGACGGAGGGAAGAACGAAGGAACAGGAGAGACAAAAACCUGCAGCUGAAACAGGACCAGAGAAACGGACCAGAGAAACGGACCAGAACCAGAGAAACGGACCAGAACCAGAGAACAAACACCAGCAGGGCGAGUGUUGGUCUACGUUCACCCUGCAGGUUCUGAUGUUUUAACCAUCUGUGACUCAUAUCUGAUGUUUCCAUCUCAGUGUGACCAGGUCAGUUCUGAUUGGUUCUGAUCCGACCCUCUUCUGUAUAUAAAUCAGAUAUGUAUCUGAUGUGACUGCAGUGUGACGCUCAGGUCGCGUUUAUCCGACCUUUACGUCAUCAAUAUGAGACAAACGUCACCAUUGUUCGACAAAGUUCGACAUCGUUCGAUUGGACUUCUGCAGACACACAACAUCACUUCCUGCUUUGUGUUCAUGUGGGUCACUGUAACAUGAGCGAGCGCACAACAAGAUCGGAUUGAACAAAAAAUCUGAACUGUGCAUCAGAACCUGCAGAGAGAACGUAGACGAAGAGAGAGGUGCAGCCCAAACACACACACACACACCCACACACACACACACACACACACACACACACACUCACACACACACACUCCUCCUAAGCUCUCCUCUGCAGGCUAAUACAGCAGCUAAUUAACAUAUUCAACAGGCUCAUCUCCUGCAGCUCAUUAGCAGAUAAACGAUUUUCCUAUAUUUAAAGUACGAGCACACAUUAGUGUCAUCAUGCAGUACGUGUGUGUGUGUGCGUGCGUGUGUGUGUGUGUGUGUGUGUAUGCAUACAUCCAAACAACACACACUGGUGAGUGCAUCUUAACUCGACAGGGUCCUCGUCUGCCAGCUUCAGAGUGUGUGUGUGUGUGUAUGUGUGUGUGUGCGUGCGUGCGUGUGUGUGUGUGUGUGUGUGAGCAGCUCCCUGGUGAUGUGGAGCCUGCUCACUGAGCUGACAGUCGGGGGGGGUAACACCAGCGCCUGCGAUUAGCAUGAGCUUCCAUGGGGCGCCGCGGUGGCUGCUGGGAGAUCGUAUCGUUGGCGUGGACCUGUCUCUUCAUCGAGAAAUGACAACCCCCCGUGGCACGACACGCUCAGCGAGACAACUCGGAGAAACCGGCUGAAACUGAACCUCCAGAGGGGAGACACUCUUCAUCUUCUUCUCCUCUUCCUCCACAAACACCAUUACCUCAUCCUCGCCACAGACGGCGGCUCUUCUUCUCCAUCCUGGACCUUCACUCCAGCAUCUCCACGAGACCAUGAGGAGGAUCAUCUCACCUGUGAUCUGAACCCUGUCUCUGUGAGGAUGACUGACGCUCAGCCUGUGGACCAAUCAGACUCUCCUCUUUUCUUCUUCGCUGGUUUCCAGAUGGUAGCGCCCAGAAAUCCCAGUCCUCAACAACAUUCAUGACAGAAACAGACCGACCGCUCCUGUGUUUUUAUUGCUCUGUCAUGUUUUUAGGGUUGCUCUUGUAUGAUAUUGUAUUAUUUUGGUUCGGAAACAGAACUGGGAACUAAUUUUAUACUAAAAACAGUAAAAGGUGUGGGGUACAAAUAAAGAUCUUUAUUAUUUUACAACAGAAGAAAAUAAAAAACUCAAUCCAAAAAUUAAAUUCAUCAGACAUUAAAUGCAAAGAAUUACUUUUUGAAAUACAUUUUAAACUGAUAUUCAUUAUUUUAAUGAGCAUUAAGAACUGGUGGAGAAUUUAAGCUGUAAAACAGUGUUUUCUGUCUUAUACCUGUUCUAUAUUUUACCUGUUCUCUGUAUUAUACCUGUUCUAUAUUAUACAUGUUCUCUAUAUUAUACCUGUUCUCUGUAUUAUACCUGUUCUCUGUAUUUUACCUGUUCUCUGAUACUUACUAAAUUUAAUAAAGCAUAGGUAGACCUUUGUCUUACAGAUAACCAUAGAUUUAUGAUACAUGCUGGUCACACUGGUUCUGUAAGAACACAACUGAACACAACGUGCAGCUUUAUUUUGAGCUACUUGUAAGUUUUUGAAGUCCUUAGCUGAGAAUAUUUGACCAAACUUCAAAAUAAUAAUCAAGUUUUGGUGAAACCAAAACAUUUAGAACCUGCCUCCUGUAAAAGAUAUAAAAUAAUAAUAAUGAUAAUAAUUAAAAAAGAACCUGCCUCCUGAAAAAAAACAAUUAAAAAAUAUAUAAGACAAUUUAAUAAUUAUAUAAUACAAUGAUAAUAAGAUAAGACACAAUAUAUAAACAUAAUAUGACAUAAUACAAUUAAUAUUACUCAGGAGUAAAGAGCCUUUUUUCUGAUGUCGUAGCACAGUAUGUUAAAAAGUGUCAUGGCAUAAUAUGAUAAAAGUGCAACAUUAAAGAAUGAAAAAAAAUGUCAUAGUUUACUAUGUUAAAAAUGACAAAGUAUAAUAUGAUUACAUUUCAGUCUUGAGUUUAAAAAAAUUAAAAAGUAUAGUAUGUUAAAAAAUGUCGUAGUGCAGCACAAUAAAAAAUAACAGUAUAGUAUGAUAAAAUUUCACAAUUUAGGUUUGGAAUAAAUGUCAUAGUAUAGUAUGUUAAAAAACUGUGGUAGUAUGAAAAAAAAUUUAAAUAUAGUUUGAAAAAAAUGUCAUAGCAUAGUAUGUUAAAAAUGACAGUAUAAUAUGAUCACAAGUAUUAAAAAAAGUCAUAAAUAUAUACAUAGUAUGUUAAAAAAUGUUGUAGUACAUUAGGAUAAAAAUUCCCAUUUUUAGAAUGAAAAAGAAAAGUCAUAGUAUAGUGUGAUAAAAAUAUAAUUGUAUAGUAUGAUAAAAAUGUCAGUAUAUUGCCAGUAUAUUUUAAAAUUUUAGUAUGAGUAAAGUCAUGGUGCGGUAAGAUACACAUAUCAUAGUAUAGUAUGAUAAAAAUAUUACAGAUAGUAUGAUGAAAAAUCCAAAUGUUAGUAUAUGUUAAAAAAUAUCACAUUUUAGGUUGAUAAAAAUGUCAGUAUAGUAUGAUAAAAGUGGUGGUAAACUAUGAGUAAAGUAUCAGAGUGAACGUAUGAUGAAAAGUUCUCCAGUGACAAUGGAAGUUCGGUGGUGUAAUGGUUACCACUGUUGCCUCACAGCACGAAGGUCAGGGGUUCGAAUCCUGGUUAGGUAUUGUAUGAGAAAAUUAACUAUUAAGAAGAAGUCAUGUGCCAUGACAAACAUUUCAUGGCACACUAUGAUAAACAUUUCAUCGUAUAGCAUAAUAAAAUUUUCACAUUUUAGUUUGAAUAAAAUGUCAAAUUAUAAUAUAAUAAAAAUCAUGGUCAAGUAUGAUAAACAUGUCAGAAUACUAUAAUAAAAUGUUCAAAUUUGAGGAAAAAAAAAAGGUCAAAGUAUAGUAUGAUAUAAAUUUCAAACUUUUAGUGUGACAAAAUGUCAUAGUAUAUUAUGUUAAAAAAUGUUAUAGUGUAGUGUGAAAAAAAAUCAUAGUAUUGUAUGAUGAAAAUGUCAAAUUUUGAAAUAAAAAAGGCAUGGUGUGGUAUGAUGAAAACUGUCAGUAAAAAUAUGAUAAAACAUUCAUAUUUUAAAAUAAGAAAAUGUCAUGCAGUAUGUUAAAAAUGUCAUAGUGCUUAAUGAUAAAAAUGUCAUAGUAUAGUUAUGAUAAACAUUUUAAAAUUCAAAUUUUUAUUAUGAAAAACAUGUCAAAGUGAAGUAGGUUAAAAUUUUUUAUAGUGCAGCAUGAUAAAAAAUGACAUAGUAUAGUAUGAUUAAUUUCAGUCCUUAGUUUGAAAAAAUUGUAGAAGUAUAGUAUGUUAUAAAAUGUCUUAGUGCAGCAUAAUCAAAAAUUGACAUAGUAUAGUAUGAUAAAAACUUCAUCGUGCAGCAUGAUGAAAAAUGACAUAGUAUAGUUUGAUAAAUAUUUUGAAUUGAAGUAUAGGAAACUUGUCAUAGUAUAGUAUGAUAAAAAUUUCAUAAUAUAAUAUAAUAAAAAAAAAUCAAUUUCAAGUAUGUAAAAAAUGUCAUAGUAUAGUAUGUUAAAAAACUGUCAUUGUAUAGUAUAAUACAAAAUUUAAAACAUAGUGUGAAAGAAAUGUUAUAGUAUAGUAUGAUAAAAAACUGUCUAGUAUAGUAUGUUGAAAAAUGUCAAUGUGCAGCAUGAUAAAAAACGACAUAGUACACUAUAAUACAUAUUUCAAAUUUAAGUAUGAUAAAAAUGUCAAAGUAUAAUAUGAUAAAAAUGUCAUAAAGUAUAAUGAAAAUUUCAAAUUUAAGUAUCUAAAAAAUGUCAUGGUAAAGUAAGUUUAAAAACUGUCAUAGUAUAGUCAGAUAAAAAUUUAAAUUUUUUUUUUUAAAUGUCAUAGUAUAGUAUGAGAAAAAUGAGAUAGUAUAGUGUGAUAAAUAUUUAUGAGAAAAUAGGUAUGAGAAAAUGUCCCAGCAUAGUAUGAUAAAAUGUCAUGGUAUAGUAUGAUAAAAAGUUUCAUAGUUCAGCAUGAUAAAAAAUGACAAAGUAGAGUAAGUUAAAUAUUUCAGAUUUCAGUAUGUGAAAAAUGUCAUAGCAUAGUAUGAUAAAAUUGUCAUAGUAUACUAUGAUAAAAUGUCAAAUUUAAGAAUCUAAGUAUGUAGUAUAGUAUGUUAAAAAACUGUCAUAGUAAAGUAGGAUAAAAUUUCACAUUUUACGUUUAAAAAAAAUGUCAUAGCAUAGUAUGUUAAAGAAAUGAUAUAGUAUAAUAUGAUAAAAUUUCACACUUUAGUUUGAAAAAAUUGUAAUAGUAUAGUAUGUUAAAAAAUGUCAGUAGAGUAUGAUAAAAAUGUCAUACUCUAGUAGGAAAAAAAUGUCAUAGUAUAGCAUGUUAAAAAUGUUGUAGUGCAGCAUGAGAAAUAUUUUGAAGUAUGAGAAAAAUAUCAAAGCAUGCUAUGAUAAAAAUUUUAAAAUAUAGUUUGAAAAAAAUGUCAUAGUGUGGUAUUUAAAAAAAAAACUGUCACAGUAUAGUAUGACAAAAUUUCACAAUUUAUGUUUGAAAAUAAUGUUAUAGUAUAGUAUGUUAAAAAACUGUCAUCGAACAGCAUGAUAAAAAUGUCAAGGUAUAGUAUGAUAAAUAUUUCAAAUUUAAGUUUGAGAAAAAUGUCUCAGUAUAUUAUGUUGAUAAACUGUCAUAGUAGUAUUGUUAAAAUUUCAAAUUUUAGUUUGAAAAAAAGGUCAUCGUAUAGUAUAUUAAAACACUUUCAUUGUAUAGUAUGAUAAAAAUGUUAAAAUAUAGUUUGAAAAAAAUAUCGUACAGUAUGUUAAAAAAAUUACAGUAUACUACGAUAAAAUUUCACAAUUUAAUUUGAUGAUAUUGUAAUAGUAUAGUAUGUAAAAAAAUUUCAGUACAGUUUGAUUAAAAUGUCAUACUCUAGGAUGUAAAAAAUUACAUAGUCUAGUAAAAUAAAGCUUUCAUAGUUUCGUAUGUUAAAAACUGACCUACUAUAGCAUGAUGAAAAUGUCAAAGAAUUUUAUGAUAAAAUUUUUAAAUUCUAGGAUAAAAAAAUGUCAUAGUACAGUUUGUCAAAAACGUCAGAUAGAGUGUGUGAUUAAAAUGUCAUCGUAGAGUCUGAUAAAACUUUCAAUUUUGAGUAUGAAAAAAAAGGUCAUAUUAUAGAAUAUUAAAAAAUGUUGAAGUAUAGUAUGAUAACAAUUCCAAAUUUUAAAAUGGAAAAUGUCAUGGUAUAGUAUGAUAGAAGUGACAUAAUAAUGUAUAAUAAAAAAUUCACAGUUUAGAACAAAAAAAUUCAUAUUAUUGUAUGUUUAAGAAAAUGUCAUAAUUUAGCAUGAUAAAAAUUUAAAAUUUUUUAGUAUGACAAAAAAAAAAUCAUAUUAUAGCCUGAAAAAAAAAAACCAAAUUUUAGUAUGACAAAAAUGUCAUAGUAUAGUAUGUGAAAAAAAAAGGUAUAGUAAGGUUCAAAUAAAAAAAGGUAGCAUGCAAAAAUGUGAUAGUGUAAAAUAAAAAGUCUUAAGUUUCAGUUUAAAAAAUAUAUAAUAGUUUAGUGUUUUGUCACAGAAUAGUAUGAUAAAAAUGUCAACGUAUAGUUUGAUUUAAAAAAAAUGUCAGUAUAGUAUGUUAAAAAGGGAUACUAUAGUAUUAUAAAAAUGUCAUAGUAUAGUAUAAUCAAAAUUUCACAUUUUCAAAUUAAAAAAUUUCAUACGAUAAAAUAUUAGAAAUAUCAGUAUAUCAUGAAAGAAAUUAAAAAUUUUUGGUCAUAGUAGAAAAAAUGUAAUGACACAAAAAUUUCAUAGUAUAGUACAUUAAAAAUAUAUAAAUUUUGGUAUGAAAAAAUGUCAAAGUCCAGUAUGUCCACAAAUGUCAGGUAUAGUAUGAUAAAAAUGACAUAAGUUUUAGUAUGAAAAAAAUGUCACAAUAUAGUUUGAAAAAAAGGUCAUAGUAAAGUUUGAUAAAAACUUCGAAAUUUCUUUGUAAAGUAUGUUAGAAAUGUCAGAAUAGUGUGAUAACAAUUUCAAAUUUCAAAUAAAAAUGUCAUAGUAAUGUAUGAUGAAAUGUCAUACUAUAGUAUGAUUAAAAUUUCACAUUUUAAAAUUAAAAAAUUUAUUGUAUGUGAUAAAUGUCAUAGUUUUCCAUGAAAGAAAUUUAAAAUCUUUAGUAUGACAAAAAUGUUAAAGUAUAGUGUUUAAAAAAAUGUCAGGUACUGUAGUUUUCUAUUGUAGGCUCACAGCAAGAAGGUCCUCGGUUUGAAUCCAGGUAUCGUACGUCAGGUAUCGUAUGAUAAAAAUAAAGUGUGAAAAACAAACAUCCUAUUAUUGUGUGAUAAACAUCUCAUUGUAUAGUACAUAAAAAUAUCACAGUGUCGUAAGAUAAAAAUUUCACAUUUUAGUAUGGAAGAAAAUGUCAUAGUAUAGAAUGUUAAAAGUGUGAUAGUGUAGAAUGUUAAAAAGAUCAGAUUACAGUAUAAUAAAUGUCAUAGUUUAGUAUGACAUAAAAAGAUAUACUGUGACACGAACACAGUGGUGUAAUGUGCGGCACUGCUGCACUGUAAGGUCCUGGGUUUUCAAUCCCUGCCAGGUUUACUUUAAAAAAAAAUCAGGGAGGAGAAAUAAAACACUGUAGUAUUGUAUCAUAAAAAUGUCAAAGUAUAGGAUGUUAAAAAAGGUCAUAGUAUAGAAUGAUAAAAAUUAUCAUAGUAUAGUAUGAUAAAAAUAUCACAGCAUAGUACGGUAAAAAUGUCAUCGUAUAGUGUGACAAAAAUAUCUUAUUAUAGUAUGAUAAAUAUAUGAUAGUAUAGUAUUAUAAAAUAUCAUAGUAUAGUAUGAUAAAUAUAUGAUAGUAUAGUAUUAUAAAAUAUCAUAGUAUAGUAUGAUAAAAAUGGAGGAGCAGUGUGGGGGUGUGCAGAGAGAGUUUAAUUUUAUUUAUAACACAUUGUGCUCAAAGACAGAGCAGCAGAAGUGUUUGAUGAGAACAGGAAGAGGAGCAGCUUUUUUUAGCUCAUCAGAGAAACUCUGGCAUGUUAGAUUCAUGUGCAGGUCCACACGUGUGUGUGUGAGUGUGUGUGUGUGUGUGUGUGUGUGUGUCCAUACACAGAGAGAAACCAGGACUCACCUUCAUCACUUCUGACCGACUUCACAGAAGCAUCAAAGUUUCCGAUCACUCUGAUGCCUCUAAACUACAAACUAAAGGAUUCAGUUCAAGUGUACUCAUCUAAACACUAACGCAGCAGCAGCAGCGCUGUGAUGAGAUAAUAGUGUUAUAAUAAAUACUGCAUCAGUGUGUAGACGGAGCUCUUAGCAUGUAGAGAGAGAGAGCAGCACACGGGGACGAGUGUGUUCGAGUUUCAGGAAAAUAAAUCAGAGUCAGUUUGAGUCUGACUGAAGGGUUACUGCACACACACACACACACACACACACACACACACACACACACACACACACACACACACAGAUCAGACUGACAGGUCCUGGUUUUUCUGACGCAGAGUCAAAAUUUGGGUGUUUAAAACAUUUAUGUCUGAUUAGCAGAGAAGUUAUCCCUUUUAAAGCCUUUCAUGUAUAAAUCAUGUGUAUUUGGAUUUGAAGGGCCGCCUCUGUGUUAUUGAUGAGGCGCUCCGCUCUAAUCAAUUAGUAAUUGGAGCACAGCUUUUAAAUAAUGCAUUUAUUAGGCCCUGUGAUGUGUUUAAUGGCGGCCCCUCGCAGUGCAAAUACGUCUGAAGUGUCCUAAUGAGUCUUUUAUGGGCCGGCUCGGGGAGAACGGCUCAUCUCAGUGACAUCGAUGCACAAUAUGUCUUGUUUACACUCAACGGGCCAGUCAGAAAACCGAUGCAUGGAAGUUCUUACAAACUGUUAUCUUGUUGUCUUCUCGCGCCCGAUGGAAAAUGCAUCCAUGUUUUUGUUUUGUCUCAUCAGCUUGUUUUUCUGCGUCGUCCGACUCACUAAUUAGAGGCUCGUGUAAUAAUCAGCGGCGUUUAUCAGCAGAGAGGAAACAGCGCCGCGCUCCGAGGCUAAACUCUGACACUUUAACACAUCAUCCUGCUGCUGGAGUCCAGCUCUUUAAACGCUCCUUAGUCUGUGUUUGAAAAAAACACACAAAUCUUUGUGGGACAAUUAUCUUCCACAUCACUGAGAAACCACCUGUGUGGAGGAAGUGCACCACCUGCCCGAGGACAAACCCCCGGGGACGGACCGAGCUGUUUAGCCAAAGUCUAUAUCACCAGCCAGGUUAUGCACACCAUCCAUCAUCGUCAGCCGCCUGUGUUUGUGGUCUGUCAGCGGCCAGCGUGUGUGUGUGUGUGUGUGUGUGUGUGUGUGUGUGUUGGAGCAGUGAGUAUUGUUGGAGAGCCCAGGCUCUGCUGGCAGGGGUGGGUUUUAAUUGGAACACCCAGCGAGUGGUAUGAGUGCCGGUGUCACGGUGAAAACUCCUCCGACAGGCCCACACUGACUCAGUCACAUGGAGACGAGCGUCUCCUGAGGGCUGCAGAUUAUAAAGGCAUUCACAACUUUAAAUACCCCUGCAUCACACACCCCCACUCACUCUGCACGUGUGUGUGUGUGUGUGUGUGUGUACCUGCAGCAUGCUCUGCACCUGGAGGGUCUGUCAAACACACUUCUGCUUAUACUGAAAUGACAGGAGGUCUGUUCAAACACUGUUCUAUUGUUAUUUUGUGUUGAGAUUAAAUCAACGUGCAGAGAGCUGACAACACACACACACACACACACACACACACACACACACACACACACACACACACACACACACACACACUGCUGAGUGUAUCACUGUGAGUCUUGUGUCAAUAAUGCAUGCAUAUGAAAAUGUUUACCACAACAAAUCACUGAGACAGAGAGCCAAGGUUUAUCCUGACUUGGCACAUGUGUGUGUGUGUGUGUGUGUGUGUGUGUGUGUGUGUGUGUGUGUGUGUGUGUGUGUGUGUGUGUGUGUGUGUGUGUGUGUGUGUGUGUGUGUGUGUGUGUGUGUGUGUGAGUGUGUGUGUGUGUGUGUGUGUGUGAGGAAUAGCUGCAGACUUCUUUGUGAACACAGCCUUCAUUUAUCAGACUCAUCCUGAUCUCCUUCCCUCCUCGUCCCUGUCUCCUUCCCUCCUCGUCCCUGUCUCCUUCCCUCCUCGUCCCCUGGCCUCCUGCUCCCUCUCCUCCUCCUCCUCCUUCUACUCUCUCUGGACUUCGGACUCAUAUUUAUCGUCCAUUAUUUCGAUUCCUCGGCUCUCUGACUUGAUUCUGUUUUUCUUCUCCUCUUUCUGUCUCAUUUGAAUUCAACAUCUCACCGCACCCUCCCGCUCUCUGCUGCACAAUUUAGAUACACAUGCAGCCCUGCUGUGCAUUCACAAACAUGCACACAUGCACACACUCAGUAACACACAGCUCAGCCCUCCCCCACACUCACUCACACACACACACUCUCGCUCGCUCGCUCGCUCGCUCGCUCUCUGGAUGUUUCAGCGGGAGUGGUGCCUGACAGGAACAAGUGACAGCUCCCUAAUUACCUCCUCACUGUAGACGCUGACGCUGCCUGAGACGCACUGCUCAUUUUCCUCUUUCUCCUUCCUCCCUCUGUCCCUCCCUCCCUCCCCUCCUCACCCACCCUCCUAUUCCCUUUCUUCCUACCCACCUCCUCUCCUAUCUCCCCUGUGGUGAAUUAUGCAUGUCCAGGAACUCCCAAUCUGCAUUCACACCAGCCCUGCAGAGACCGACCCAGCUCUCUGUUCUCUGUUUCUGCCCUUCUCUCUCUCUCUCUCUCUCUCUCUCUCUCUCUCUCUCUCUCUCUCUCUCUCUCUCUCUCUCUCUCUCUCUCUCUCUCUCUCUCUCCCUCUCUCUCCUCUCCCUCCACGUCUCCUCUCACUUAUCUCCUCUGCAGCAGAGAGUGACACCCCUAUCUGAUAACACACACGUAUAAAUACAGAAAUUUGACAUCAGCAGUCCACCCUUAUUGAUAAACUCUCCUGAACGUUGCAGGAGGCUGCAGGAGACGCGGAGGAGAGGCUGCAGGAGACGCGGAGGAGAGGCUGGAGGGCGUCGCGCUCAGAAUUAGCCCUCCUCAUCGAGGGCCGCGGGGACCGUCUUCUCUCCCAAAGGUGUCCAGGUUUAAAAGAGGGUGAGUGCUGGGGGAGGCCAUCUGGAUCUCCUGAGGACGAUAACAUUCAGAGUGGAGGACCUCCACACAACAGCACCACCUCCACCCACCCGGGUGUCAGCUCAAAGGCCCAGAUUGCAUUUCCAGUUGAUGCCUGCUGGCCCCACAGGCGUGUUUUGUUCUAAUAGAAAAUGGAACCCUUCACCUCCCCCCUCCUCCUCACCCCUCUCCCCCCUCCAUCGUCCACCCUCACAGCUUGAUUGUCCACUGGGAACCAGUGCACAAACACCAGUGCUAUCUAAUCAUGAGACGGGGAAUAGAAGGGAAAGGCCAGGAGAAGGAGUAAGACGGGGGAGGAGGAGAACCAGGAGGAGUUAGAGGGGUGGGGGGGGGGCUGAUAGAGAGUCAAUGACAGACAUUACUGAGGAGAGAGAGAGAGACGGCCGAGUGACGCUUUAACAAGUCGCUGUACACAGACAGUAAUAAAAAUAAUAAUUAUUAUUAUUAAUUAUUAUUAUUAUUAGUGAUAACAAUUAUUUUAUUAUCAAAUCAUUUUAUUGUUCUAUUAUUUUAAAACUUAAUUAUUUUAUCAUUCUACCAUUUUAUUUUCUAAUUUGAUCAUUUUAUUUUAAUUUUUAAAUUUUAAAUUUUUUAAUCUUUUUGUUAUUUUAUCAUUCUCCUUUUUUUCAUUUUACUAUUUUAUUAUUUUAACUUUUAUCUUCUUAUAAUUUUACCAUUUUAUAGGUGUCCCUUUUCAUCAUUUUACUGUUCUAUUAUUUUUAAAUUAUUUUAUCAUUCUACCAAUUUUUUUUAAUCAUUUUACCUUUUUAUCAUUUUAUUAAUUCAUCAUUCUUUUAUAAAUUUAUUUUUUAAACUUAUUUGUUUUGUCAUUUUUCAAAAUCAUUUUACCAUUUUUUUAUUUUACCUAUUCAUUAUUUUUACCAUUUUAUUACUCUAUUUUUAUUUUAUUUUAUAAUUCGUAUCGUUUUAUAUUUUUUUAAUUAAACCUUUUCAUUAUCUUAUCAUACUAUUAUUUAACUAUUUCAUUUUUAAAUUUUUUUAUCAUCUUAUUUUAUAGCUUUUUAUCAUUUUAUUACAUUAUUAUUUCAUCAUCACAAUAAUUUCCAUGAUUUCUCCAACAUCCUGUUUCUGCCACGACGAUCACAAACAACGACAAACGUCAUUUUAAGAAAAACUGUCCUGGAGAGCUUUUGACCAAUCAGAAUCAAGUAUUUGUAGAGGGUUAAGUAGUCAGUCAACAGUCAGAUAUAACUCUGUUUAAUGAAUCAGAGAAUACUAAUAAUAAUGUUGGUCCGACCAGAACCAGAACCAGAACCAGAACCAGACAGUAACGGUGAUAAACUCAUCAUCACAGAAAGAAGACAGACAGACAGACAGACACACACAGACACACAGACAGACACACAGACAGCCCUGAUUUCUGUCUGACAGGUGAGCUCAUUCUUGGGUCUGUGGAGGUUCUACAGACGGACUGAGAGCUGCAGGAGGAGAGGGUGUGUGUGUGUGUGUGUGUCUGUGUGUGUGUGUGUGUGUGUGUGUGUGUGUGUGUGUGUGUGUGUGUGUGUGUCUGUGUGUGUCUGUGUGUGUGUGUGUGUGUGUGUGUGUGUGUGUGUAAUGUCUUUUCAGGGUAAAUUAAGACGCAGCGAUCUGUUUGGCUCCGCCUCUGCUGAAGGCUGACCCCUCCUCCCGGAGGUCGUCGGCCCCUCCUCACCAUCACACACUCGUCACCACAGUUUCUCCUCCAAUCAGCUUCAGAGCGGCGGCGUUCAUCUGACGGCCACUACAGACCGUGAUUUAUUACCCCGGCCCUGCCACCGGGGGCCGCGUGUCAGCGGGCCUCUGGCUCUGCACAGUCACUACACAGACCUGCACCCUCACCCAGACCUGCUGGACCAGAGCUGUCUGCAGACCCCCAACCUGCUGCAGACCACCAACCUGCUGCUGAUGGACCUGCAGCAGGAGAUCCUGCUCAGAUAG